AUGUUCGAGUCACUGCGCCUGUUGGUACUGUCGCUCCUGUAUUACUUAGGCUUCGCCUAUGCCGCCUUUACAGCGCUCAAGCAGCGUUCUACGACGGUGGUGAUGGCGGAGCCGUCGGCGUUGUCGCCGGCCACUGCGAAUGCGCCUCGUCCAGGCACCACGGUUGAAAUCGGCAUCCGUGCGUUGAAGCUAAUGAUCAUGCUUACAACCAUGGCACUGCUCUCGCUUGUUGGGGCUGACUGGUUUCCGCUGUUUGCGGAGAUGCGCGUGAUUUUCAUGUAUACGCUCCUCUAUGUACCCCCCUUCGCCCAGCAGGAGCUGUAUGAUCAGCUGUUCGCCCCUCUGCUGGUUCGCGGGUGCGCCUUGGCGUUCUCUCCGCAGACAAGGGAAGUAGUUGCCCGCACAGUGUCGCUGUUUGUGGUGCGCCGCUGCAUCGACGUUGCGAUCGCCGCCAUGGACUGCACGGAGUGCAGGCGUGUUCUCGGCGCCGAUGCGGCGCGGGACAUCUCGAGUAGCCUGCAGUUUUGUCAGCGCGCACUACAGCAGGCUGCCGAUAGGACGCGCGAGUCAGGGAGUGCGGCGUCUGCGCAGAUCGCGCGCGACAGAAACGUUGCCGUCGGUUUCUUCACCUCACAAGUGCGACGAGCUCUCAUGGCGAGGAAAGAGAGGGGGGGCUUCAGUGCCCGUAUCCCGCUUGGCCGUGUUGUGCGGGAUGAACACGUUGACCCCGAAAGCAGCUUGUCCGUGGCGACGGCGGCUCUGUGA